AUAGCGGUGGUCCUGCUGGCAGUGUCUAUGGUUACAUUUUCGUCUGGUUCGGUAUCGCCGCGACAUUUGUAGUAAUAUCAGAACUUGUGUCAAUGGCACCAACAUCAGGAGGGCAGUACCAUUGGUGCUCAAUGCUCGCACCUCAGUCGACGAUGAAAAUUUUCAGUUACAUCACAGGCUGGCUUACGGUAAUUGGCUGGCAGGCCACUUACGCGACCGUCUGCUACCUGGGUGGAAACUAUAUCGAGACGCUGGUGACGCUCACCAACCCAUCAUACCAGCCUAAAAUAUGGCGUCAGGUACUGAUCGGCUAUGCAAUUGCACUUUUUGGUUUUAUCAUCAACAUCGCUGGAGGAAAGGUAUUGCCGCGAUUUGAAGGCGCAAUUCUAAUUCUCCAUAUUCUGGGAUUCUUUGCGAUCCUAAUUCCAAUGGUCUACAUGGCGAAUCACAACACAGCCGAGCAAGUCUUUUCCCAAUUUCUAAACGAAGGCCAAUGGCCCUCUCAGGGUCUUUCUUUCUUUGUUGGCCUGAUUGGCCCUGUCUUUGCUUUUGCAGGGGGCGAUGCCGCGCUAUCUGAAGAAAUUACUAAUGCCUCCAUUGCUGUGCCCUUGUCGUUGAUGCUCACGGUGGUAAUCAAUGGCACACUCGGCUUCAGCAUGCUGAUCGCUUUGCUCUUUUGCGUCGAGGAUAUCAAGGGGGCCCUCGAGGCUCGAGUCCCCUUCCUGACUAUAUUCCACCAGGCAACCGGGUCUGUCGCGGGCACCGCUGCAGCAGGUUCCAUUAUAGUUGCAAUGGGCAGUUGUUCCUCAGCUGGUAUGCUGGCCUCGACAUCGCGGCAGUUCUGGUCCUUUGCGCGUGACCGGGGCAUCCCUGGAUGGCGAGUGUGGACGAAGGUCACCCCUCGUACCGCAAUUCCAGCAUAUGCUGUCACCAUCACCACCAUCAUUACGUGUCUGCUGAGUCUCAUUGGUAUCGGCUCUGACCUAGCAUUCAAUGAUUUGAUGUCCUUGUCCACCUCGGGCUUGUUUUCAUCAUACCUGAUUGCGGCUAGCCUUCUACUCUGGCGACGCUGCACGGGUGGAAUCAGUGGGUCUAAGAGUGAGCAUACUCUAAUCAAUACAGCCGGAGCCCAGCUUGUCUGGGGUCCCUUUCAUGUUCCGGGAAUUUGUGGUAUCUUCAUUAAUACCUUUGCUGUGAUCUUUAUGACUAUCGCAGUCUUCUUCAGUUUCUGGCCGCCCAUGAAUAAUGUAUCGGCCGAGUCAAUGAACUACAGUGUAGUGGGAAUGGGAGGUGUUAUUCUGCUGAGUUUGUUGUAUUAUCUUGUCCGGGCUAGGAAGGUAUACAAGGGUCCUGUGGUGGAACUUCCAAUCGGUUAA